AUAAGUCCUUUACAACUAAACGCAAGCCGUAGAAGAAGAAGUCUUUCCCAAGCGGAAGUGUGAGGCCAGUGAUGAUUCUCUUAUAUAUAUUCUAAAAGUCACCAUACGACCUUCUGAUUGACGCACCUUGACAGUUACGUAACGACGACAACAAAAGCAAGUGGCAAUAUGACCAAUGUCUACUCCUUCGAUGGGGUCCUGGUGUUUGGGCUGCUCUUGGUCUGCACAUGUGCAUACUUUAAAAAGGUUCCUCGCCUCAACGGCUGGCUGCUGUCAGAGAAGAAAGGGAUCUGGGGAGUUUUCUACAAAGCGGCAGUCAUCGGGACACGGCUCCAUAUUGCUGUAGCACUUUCCUGUCUGCUCAUAGCCUUCUACUUGAUCUUCCUCAAAUGAUCCAUCACAUCAGAUCCAUGCCAAUGAUUGGACUCAGUGGGGGAGGGGUCAUGAGGACUCUUUGUCUCAUGGACUCACUUAAAGACGAGCCACUUCUGCCCCCUCCUGGUGACACUCUGCACUAAUGAUGUCAUCUUGAAUCCUGCCCCCAGUUUUAUGACCCAGGAAAGAGGUGAUGUCAUUCUGUUUCAUCUUCAUUCACAUACCUAUUUAUAUGGCACUAAAAUGUUGUCAUUUAGAUGGCAAAUUCUUUUUUCCUCAAAAGAAGAAUAAUCAGUACUGUUUAUUUCUUCUAAAAGUCCUAAUAUAUGAUGUUGCAUUGGAAGUAGCUUGCACAGGACUUGUGGAAGUCAGUGGGUAAAGUGACACUGGGAUUACGGAGUGCAAGUGUGGAGCACAUCACGGCCCAUUCAAGACGUAGGACGGGUGCGAUGCAAUUUCAAGUAAAAUGCUAGCAAGACAUGUUUUAUUUCAAGUCAUUUUCAAAGUGCCUAGAUCAUGUGUUUGACACUUACACACAUCAGUAGCAUUAUUUCUCAACAAUCAGAAAUGUUUGCAACGGGCCAAUAAAAAAAUAUGAUUUAAACACAA